AUAUAAGAUUUGAAUAGAAUCUGGGGUACAAUCGUAUCUGCUGUUGAAAGCAUAGAAAUUCGAAGAAAGGAAAAGUGCCACGACCGCUUGGACAUUGGCCGAAUAGUGUCAAAAUUUCCACAGUCAGUUUGUGAUCAUAAACCGAAAGAAUUCCCUAUAAUUCGCCACAUGUCUCUAAUAACUUUCAGAGAAGCAGUAACUAAUUUGACCAUUGGGUCAAUGCAGUUCUAGAAUUUAUACAAAUUGUAACAUAAAUAAUUUCAAGUAUGAUGUAGAAUAUUUCAAUAAUAUUAAAUUAGAUAACAUAGAUUGUGGUUUUCAUUAAAUUGACUUAACAGAAAUAUCGUCCUUUUGAAUGAGAAACUAAUACAUAACUACGAUAAGAUAAAUUAGAUUAGCUUUAGUUGCCUAAUGGAGCUCUUUAGAUAUUAGAAAGUACCAAAGUUAAUAAAAAUGGCGGAUGUGUUGUUGAGUGACGCUGAAAAAACAUUUAUUCUUCAUGGAAUUCAGGAUAAUCUUCGAGAAGAUGGCCGUGGGUGUGAUGAUUACAGAUAUAUGGAAAUUGAAACAGAUGUUGUCUCAAAUACCAGUGGUUCUGCCCGUUUACGCUUAGCCAAUACUGAUGUAUUAGUUGGAGUGAAAGCAGAAUUAGGUCCACCAGAACCAAUUAAACCAGACCUUGGUCGGUUAGAGUUCUUUGUUGACUGCUCAGCCAAUGCCACACCAGAAUUUGAGGGUCGUGGAGGAGAGGUUUUGGCUACUGAAAUUAGCACCAUGUUGUCACAAGCCUAUGGAAAUCUGAAUGCUCUUGACCUGAAAUCCUUAUGUGUCAUUCCAAAUUCGCAAUGUUGGAUUCUUUAUGUUGAUAUUUUGUUACUUGAAUGUGGUGGUAAUUUGUUUGAUGCUGUCUCAGUUGCUGUUAAAGCAGCUCUCUUUAAUACCAGAAUCCCCAAUGUGUCUGUUCUAAAAGGUGAUGAAGGUCAAAUGGAACUGGAGAUAUCAGAUGAUCCAUAUGAUGUCAAACAACUUGACACAACAUACUGUCCAUGUUUGGUAACUUUAAGCAAGAUUGGUUAUUUUCAUGUUGUUGAUGCCAGCCCUAAAGAAGAAGCUUGUUGCUUAGCCAGAUUAAUAAUGGGUGUUACAGAAAGUGGUGUAAUAACUGCAAUGAAGAAGGAAGGGUCCGGAAGUUUAGAUCCUGAGAGUAUAUAUGAUAUGAUGGAGACUGGAAAAAAAGUUGGUGAGAUACUUGGAAAGAAUUUGUCUGCCAUACUUAAAGAAGAAGAAUUGUUAGACAAGAAAAAGAAAGCUGUGGGUUUUUUAAAAUAAUUUUACUGUACAUCAAGCUUUGUUCUUUUAUAAAAAAAUGAAAUACAUGGGUUAAAAAAAAAAAAACUGUUGUGAUUUGUUUUCUAUAAGAAAUGAUGUCUCAUUUACAGUAGAACAUUCCUGUUGCUCUGCAACAAUAAAUGUUCUCCCACCUAAGCAUCAGGUUUGUUCAUAAAAUAUUUGAUAAGUUCUGUAGUUUUAAUAUUAGUGCCAGACUCUCAAUGUUCUGCAUGUUAGUAAAUAAUCAUUUCAUUUAAGCCAUUUUAUAUACUUAAGUUCGUUUGUUUGUUUUGUAAUCAGUAUUGGUAGAAAAACAUAUUAAUGUUUUACAAACAAAAGAUGAGGUUAAGUUUUCUCAUCAGUACUUCUUUUAUCUGCCUCUCAAAUUUUUGUUCUUGUAUAUGAUUGAUUCUAUCUAGUACUUUUUGGGUAAGAACCUAUCAUAUAAUAAUUAGGUUUUUAGUUGGAUGGCUUUUUAUUGCUAGUCAUUGUAAAUGAAGUCAAGGUAAAACUUGCUGUAUUUACCUGUCUUCAAAUUAAGAUAUAUUGAGAAAACCUGGUGAUUUUAUGGGAUGCUCUUGUUAAUACUUUGCACUUAAGAAUUAAAUGAAAACUUGGUAAAUGGCAGCUUUAAUGUCCUUUAUAUAUAGAUACAACACAACAUUUAUGAGUGUGGCAUGGAAAAAAAAAAUCUGUUACUUUUAACAGUAGCAAUUAGAAAAUAACUUCCACACACACUCAACAAACAUAAUACUCCAAUGUUUCCAGUGAAUCCCAUUGAAAAAGAUUAGUAUAUCACCUUUGAAGUAUGUGUUUUUACUUAAAUAUCUUACUCCAGAUAAACUGUAAUGCUGGCAAGUUUUAAAGAAAAUACUUACUUAAACCAAAGUUCUUUAAUAACCUGAGUCUUUUCUUAACCAAUCAUUAGCUGUCAUUUGAGACUGAACCAAUUGUCUGAGUUCAAAAGAUAAAACAAGUUGACUAUAUACUAGCAGCUUGCUUUUUUUUUUUUUUUUUUUUUUUU